GGCUAAGCAGGGAGGAAAUAUCCGCGCUGGAGCACAAGUACGAAACACACACACGCACAGACGCACAGACGCACUGUGAGAGCGGGAAGAAUAUUCUUUGUUUCGUCUUCUUCCUAUUAAUUGUGUUUAUCUGCACACAGAGCCGCUAUCUUCUUCUUCUUCUUCUAAACGAGAAGAACGCAACCAGAAGCACUUUGGUUAUAGUCGUUGACGUAAUCCGUCGUAAUAGCGCAGCCCAUCUCCUCAGCACCACAAAUAUGGGUAUUGCGGGCUUUUUCCUGUGGCUGCAGCGCUGGUAUGCGGACUGCAUCGACAACAUCCCACAAGAGGUGGUGGACGCCGCUUUGCAUGGCAACGCCCUCCCACCGGACCACUGCAGCGCCUACGCCUACGACAACCUUUACGUCGACAUGAACGGGCUCAUACACCCGUGUUGUCACGACACCGCACCUUUACCAGAACCAGAGAACGAGGAGGAGAUGUUUGAGCGCAUGUUUGAACAGCUGGACCUGCUCGUAAAGGUCGUGCGACCUAAGAAGUGUCUCGUGCUCUGCAUCGACGGCGUCGCACCGCGCAGCAAGAUGAACCAGCAGCGCAGUCGGCGCUUCCGUGCGGCGGACGAGCGUCUGGAGAGCGACGCCAUCUCCAACGCGUGCGCAGAUCGUAUCGUGACGGAGUUCAAGCUGCCCCGUCCGCGGGUGCGAGAGCGGUGGGACCACAACGUCAUCACGCCCUCCACCGCCUUUAUGGAGCGGGUGGCGCUGGCGCUGGAGUGGUACAUCAUGAAGAAACUGAACGAGGACGAGAACUGGCGCCACUUGACGGUCGUCUUUUCGGAUGCGCAUGUACCCGGCGAGGGCGAGCACAAGAUCAUGCAGUACAUCCGUGGUCUUCGCUCGCAGCCGGGCUACGACUUCCACACAACCCACGUGAUCCACGGCAUGGACGCGGACCUCAUCUGCCUUGGCCUGUCCACCCACGAACAGCACGUGAGCAUCCUGCGCAACCAACUGACCGACACCUUCCAGCCCGACCACAACCGUUUUUGCUACUUCAACCUGCACACCUACCGCGAGAAGCUGAAGAAGGACUUUGAGGAUAUUGAUGGAAUGAUGUUUGAGCGCGUAGUGGACGAUUUCGUUUUCUUGUGUUUUUUCGUGGGCAACGACUUUUUGCCGCACGUGCCGCUCGUCUCCAUCAAGACGCGCGGUAUUGAGAUGCUGCUGGACCACUACGUGCGGGACUUCCCCUUGCACGGCUACCUCACCCAACUCGGCGAGGUCGACUACGCCCACCUGCACAUCUUCCUGUCGAAUUUCGCCACCAAGUGCAUGGGUAAGCUGUCGAAGGAGUACUACGGUGUGGUGCGCGCGAAGGAGCGGGCGAAGCAGCACGUCGAGGAGCGCGUCACCAAAAUGGAGGAGCAGGCCAAGGAGGUGGCGGAGUCGCUGCAGUCUGACGGCGGCAACGCGCAGGAGGUCAGCGACGCGCUGCUCGGCUUGCUGACGUCGGUGCGGAAGGAGCGGGUGCGGUUGGUGGUAGACAAGCAGCCCCUCGGCUUCUCCUACCUCGACAAGACGUACCGCGACGCCUACUACCAGGCGAAGUUCGGCUGGGAUCCGUCUGUCAACCGGUCUGCUUUCGAGAACCAGAUCCGCCUCUGCUGUGCGGAGUACCUGCGUGGGAUGCAGUGGGUGAUGCGUUACUACACGAAGGGCUGCCCCUCGUGGGAGUGGUACUUCCCCUACCACUACGCACCGCUUCUGCAGGACCUCGCCGCCUUCACCGCGACGGUGAACGUCGAGAUGCGCAUGAGUGCGCCACUGCACCCGGUGGAGCAGCUCCUGGCGGUGCUGCCGCGGCUGAGCGUAAACGCACUGCCAGAGGAGCUGCACGACGCCGUAAACGACCCGAAGUCGGUGCUAGGCAAGUUCUACCCCGACGUGGUGGACGUCGAUUUUAGCGAGGCGAACUUCUCCUACCAGGGCGUGCUGCGCAUUCCUUUCAUCAACUGCGAAGCGCUCAGCUCCGCCUGCAAGGAGGUGGUCGAGCUGGAGGAGGACUUCGGCAGCACUUUUCUUUACUGCCACGAGUCCACCAAGUUGGCGACGCAGCUAGACGCGCUCACCGGUCCUGGCAACGAUGGCCUCCCUUUGUCCUCUGGGUUGGCGCCUCCGGUGGUGCCGAUCCCCGCCUCCGUCGCGGCGCUGACGCCCGUGGCAGGGCGUGUUGGCCGGUACGAGGCGGAGUGGCCCCGACACGAAACGCUGCAGUGCCCCGACCCCGGGCUGGCGAAGGGCCAGCACUACGGCGGUCCCAUUGCCGAUAACUGCGUCAAUCAGUACCGCUACGAGCUGAGCACGCAGGCGGACUACCGCCCCGUGCUGAUGGGCGCGGAAAAGGCGGUCGAGCCGGCGGCGGCAACAACGGCGGCGAGGAGGAAGGCGCAGGGGACGCGCGUGGCGCCCGUCCACGGCAGCCACCACAAAGACAACGACGGCGAACGCUACCGUCGCGACAGGGGUGUGGAGGACCGCAAACGGCGUCGCAGCCCGAGCCGCGGCGACCGCAAGAUGGACGGCUCUCCCAAACGACGCCGCAACGAUGCUGACCAACACGACGGCCACCGCCGCACACACUCGACGCGCUCGCACAGCGACAGCAAAGUACACCGCCAUGACAAGAGUGGCCGUCGCAGCGAUCAAGACCACCACGAGAGCAGCUCGAGUCCACGCAGCUCUCCGCGCGAUGAGGAUCGAGGUCGCCGUCAUCACACCUCGCCGUCGUCGUCGUCAUCGAAGAAGAAGGAUGACAAGGAGCGCAGCCGUCGCUCUCACGGUGCCAAGAAGGAGCACCGCGCACCGGCGAAGGACACCGCGGCCACCAACCAUGCGUCGAACCACCGUAAUCGCCGCCCCCACGGAAGCAAAAAGUGA